CCGGUGCGCGGGGUGCGGUUCCGGGUCGUGGCGCGGCUCGGGGCAACAGGGCUGCUGCUCGGCUGGCCGGCGGCGGCGAGCAGUGCGGGCAUGAGGGCGAGCUGGGAAAGCGGGAAUUGAGCCGGCCGGGAAGAGCGCCAGUCCCCAAGGAGUCCGAGAGUGAGGAGCCCGGGGCAGGGGGCCGGGAGGCGCGGGGAAGCCGGGCUCUUCCCUCAGGAACGUGUCCCGGGGCCCACCCGGCCCGUAGUGUGGCAGCAGCUUCAGAUUAGGAAGACUCAGGAUAAAUUACAUGUCUGGUACCAGAAAGAGACAGGAUUCAAACCCAGGGAGGUGAGCACGUGAAACAAUAUGAAGAGGAGAAAAUAGCCUUUUAAGGAAAUUGGCCCACAGAAAGGAUGGCCUUCUUGGACAAUCCAACUAUCAUUCUAGCUCAUAUUCGACAGUCACAUGUGACCAGUGAUGACACAGGAAUGUGUGAGAUGGUUCUCAUUGAUCAUGAUGUUGACCUAGAGAAGAUUCAUCCUCCUUCAAUGCCCGGAGACAGUGGGUCAGAAAUUCAGGGAAGCAAUGGUGAGACUCAGGGCUAUGUAUAUGCCCAGUCAGUCGAUAUUACCUCAAGUUGGGACUUUGGUAUUAGAAGACGCUCAAAUACAGCUCAAAGAUUAGAACGACUCCGAAAAGAGAGACAAAACCAGAUCAAAUGCAAAAAUAUUCAGUGGAAAGAAAGAAAUUCUAAGCAAUCAGCCCAGGAGUUAAAGUCACUUUUUGAAAAAAAGUCCCUCAAAGAGAAACCUCCAAGUUCUGGAAAGCAGUCAAUAUUAUCUGUACGACUGGAGCAGUGCCCUCUGCAGCUGAAUAACCCCUUUAAUGAGUAUUCCAAAUUUGAUGGCAAGGGUCAUGUCGGCACAACAGCAACCAAGAAGAUCGACGUCUACCUCCCCCUGCACUCGAGCCAGGACAGACUUCUGCCAAUGACUGUGGUGACAAUGGCCAGCGCCAGGGUGCAGGACCUGAUCGGGCUCAUCUGCUGGCAGUACACAAGUGAAGGACGGGAACCGAAGCUCAAUGACAAUGUCAGUGCCUACUGCUUGCAUAUUGCUGAGGAUGACGGGGAGGUUGACACCGACUUCCCCCCUCUGGAUUCCAACGAGCCCAUUCAUAAGUUCGGCUUCAGUACUUUGGCCCUGGUUGAAAAGUAUUCAUCUCCUGGUCUGACAUCUAAAGAGUCACUCUUUGUUCGAAUAAAUGCUGCUCAUGGAUUCUCCCUGAUUCAGGUGGACAACACAAAGGUCACCAUGAAAGAAAUCUUGCUUAAGGCAGUGAAGCGAAGAAAAGGAUCCCAGAAAAUUUCAGGCCCUCAGUACCGCCUGGAGAAGCAGAGCGAGCCUAAUGUCGCCGUGGACCUGGAGAGCACUUUGGAGAGUCAGAGCGCAUGGGAGUUCUGCCUGGUCCGCGAGAACAGUUCAAGGGCAGACGGAGUUUUUGAGGAAGAUUCACAAAUUGACAUAGCCACAGUACAAGACAUGCUUAGCAGCCACCAUUACAAGUCAUUCAAAGUCAGCAUGAUCCACAGACUGCGAUUCACAACCGAUGUCCAGUUAGGUAUCUCUGGAGACAAAGUAGAGAUAGACCCUGUUACGAAUCAGAAAGCCAGCACUAAGUUUUGGAUUAAGCAGAAACCCAUCUCAAUCGAUUCUGACCUGCUCUGUGCCUGUGACCUUGCUGAAGAAAAAAGCCCCAGUCACGCAAUAUUUAAACUCACGUAUCUAAGCAAUCAUGACUAUAAACACCUCUACUUUGAAUCUGACGCUGCUACUGUCAAUGAAAUUGUACUCAAGGUUAACUACAUCCUGGAAUCGCGAGCAAGCACUGCCCGGGCUGACUAUUUUGCUCAAAAACAAAGAAAACUGAACAGACGUACAAGCUUCAGCUUCCAGAAGGAGAAGAAAUCAGGGCAGCAAUGACACCGGCCUCCAACCCCAAUCUGUCGCCGUAGCUCAGAGCCUAUCUGCCAGGGCCAAGUGGGCCUAAGGCCCGCCCCGUGUCCUGCAGUGCUCGGGAACAGGCCAGCCCCUGGCUUGCGGGCACAAGGCUGGGGGGCUCUUGGGGAGCAGAGCUGGGGACGUCUCCGCGGGACCGAAGCCUGAUCAGCAGUGGCUUUGCUGAGCAGUGCCGGGGGCCAGAAGACACAGACGCCACGCCCAGCCACCCUCACUGCCCGACGGCCCUGCCGAGGAUGCACAUGGCCGUGGAUGCACAUGGCGGUGCCCAGACAUUGCCCUGCAACUUGAUCAAAUGUCUUCAAACAAAGAACAAAAAUGUACAUUUCUUUUUUUUUUUUUCCUUUUAAUAAACAGGUGUACUCU